AUGGACAUGGACAUCCAGUUCAAGCCCUCGCGGCCUCACUGGUACGAGCGCUACGUCCAGCCGUGCGUGGCCGAGCUGCUGGGCAGCACCCUCUUCAUCUUCGUCGGCUGCCUCUCUGUGGUUGAGGAUGUGGAGGGCACGGGGAGGCUGCAGCCUGCCCUGGCGCACGGGCUGGUCCUGGGGCUCAUCAUUGCCGUCCUGGGAAACAUCAGCGGAGGCCACUUCAACCCUGCUGUGUCCCUGUGCGUCUGGCUGGUCGGUGGGCUGAACAUCACUAUGCUCGUCCCUUACUGGGUCUCCCAGCUCUGUGGAGGGGUGAUAGGAGCCGGCCUGGCAAAGGCCAUGGCGGCGGGCGAGCGCUACGCCAACGCCAGCGGAGGGGCCUUCGGCACCAUCACGGCCGACGGACAGGUCCCCUCCGUCCUCGCGGCUGAGAUCGUCAUGAGCACCCUCCUGCUCCUGGUGGUCUGCAUGGGUGCCAUCAACGGGAAGACCAAGACCCCGCUGGCACCCUUCUGCAUCGGCUUCACCGUCACAGUCAACGUCCUGGCAGGGGGCGGUGUGUCCGGCGCAUGCAUGAAUCCUGCCAGAGCCUUCGGGCCAGCUCUGGUAGCCAGCUACUGGGACUAUCACUGGGUUUACUGGGUCGGGCCCAUGGUCGCUGCCCUCCUCAUUGGCGUGCUGAUAAGGCUCCUGAUGGGUGACCAGACGAUCCGCCUGAUCCUGAAGUGA